AUGCCAAAAGAAUACAAGUGCUUUUUAUGUGGGAAACAUCACAUAAAAAUCAGACGUCCAAUUAGGCAGUCCCCUUUAAGAAAAUAUGCUUCAAAACUCGCAGGACAAGAUCCUGGAAAUGAUGACGUUAUCUGCAAUAAAUGCAGAAAGGAUUAUUAUAAUUCAAUAAAGAAACAUUCAUCUGCUUCCGUAACAUUAGAUAACGACAAUGACAGUGAUUUUUGCUUGUCUGCAGAUGAACAUUUAGACAACAAUUCUAAAGAAGUUAGUCCAAAAAAUAUUCAUUUGAACAUCCCUUCUACACAUUCCUCACACAAAUUCUGUGUAGUAUGUAGGAAGAAGAGCAGUAAACGUGUAAAAUUUUGCACAAUUCCACUGAAUGCCAGAACACAAGCUUUCAUCCACAAUGGAAUUUUCAUCAAACAAUCAGCACGAUGUUGUUCUUCACAUUUAGAGGGAAAAAAUCUGCUGCAAAGCUCUCUAACAAAAUUGCAAGCAAAGUAUGCAAACUCAUUCUUCAAUCGCACUGAUUUAUUCAAUCUUCUGGAGAAUGUUCGUCUAACUUUGAAAAGAUCAUCUAUUUUGGACUUUGACAAUUCCGACCACUUAUCUACAGAUGAGUACUACAAUCUAACAGGCUUGACAAAAGAACAAUUUCAAGAUUUAACAUGCUAUGCAAAAUCAAUUCGCCCAUCAGCUGUUCGAUCAGUGAAUACAUGUUUGGCCAUUUUGCUGACCAAAUUACGAACAGGACUACCUAACCAUAUCCUUGGAACUAUAUUUUCUUUGAAAAAAUGUCAGAUUCAGAGGAGCAUUCACAGUGCCAGAAUGUCUCUCAGAGAUUUCGUCUCUCAAAAUGUUGGAUUCAAUCACAUUAGUCAUGAAGAUUUUGUUAACAAGCACACGACUCCCAUUGCAAAAAAACUUUUUUGUGAGAAUGAAGAUAAUACUGCAAUCAUAGUCUUAGAUGGGACUUACAUUUUUAUUCAAAAGAGUUCCGAUUACAAGUUCCAGCGGCAGUCCUACAACCUUCAUAAACAUCGGCCACUUGUAAAGCCAAUGGUUGUGGUGGGGACAGAUGGAUACAUUUUAUCUGUCCAAGGCCCUUACUUGUCAAAUGCAAGAAACAGUGAUGCAGCAAUAACAAAGCAUAUGGUGACUGUAAACUCUGAAGGAAUGAAUGACUGGCUUCAGGACAAGGAUUUGUGCAUUGUAGACAGGGGCUUUCGUGAUGUAGUUCAGUUUCUUGAAGAAAAAGGUCUAUGUGUUGAAAUGCCAGUAUUUUUGAAAAAAGGUUCUAAGCAGCAUACUACUGAGGAGGCCAACACCAUUACAAAAAUUAGGUGGAUAGUUGAAAGCAUUAAUGGAAAAUUGAAACAGUGGCGAUUUUUUGAUAAAGUAGUGCCAAACCUUUAUUUACCACAUCUUGGAGAGUUUCUUCAAAUAGUAGCUGCAAUUUGCAACAAAUACCAUUCUCCACCUGCUAGUAACCAGUGUGAUAUCCAGCUUGCUGAAGAAAUGUUGGAGAAGAGCAGGCAAGGAAACCUUGUUCAAACCAUGGUAGAGAAUGAGGGGCUGUUGAGGAAAAGAACUAUUUAUACAGAUAUCUUAUCUCACCUUUUAAAGGACUUUCCAGUGUUAACAGAGGAAAAACUGAGAAAGAUAACACUUGGGGUUUACCAGCUGAAACAGGCACCACGUUAUGCCAAAGAACACAUAAAUAAUGAUAAUGAAUACCAGCUCCAAGUGUGUAAAAUAAAAGAAAACCUUCUGAAAGUACGAAUUCAAUCUCGCCACUGUAACAAUAUUUCACACACUUCUUUCAUACAGUACACUACAGAUGGGCAGAUAAGUGGAUGGUAUUGUACCUGUAAAGUAGGUGCCAGGGUGGUAGGCUGCUGUGCGCACAUUGCAAGUAUUAUCUGGUACCUAGGGUACCAGAGAUUCCAACAGCACAGCCCAGAAAAGUUUGAUUUCUGUAACUCUGUAUUAGAUGCUUGUGAUAUUUCUGAUUCUGAGUGCAGUUCAUCUGUAGAGGAGUAG